AUGUGGUGGGGCUAUCUGUAUGUUUUCUCACUCUGCCGCAUGAUCAAUCUCGCUUUUCUUACGGCUGAGAAGCUCGCUGCGCAAACGAUCUCCUUUAUGCGGUAUUUGACCGGAGCAAAGCUGAGCGUGAAUCGCGAAAUAACUACCCUCAUGGAUGAGACAGCGGUUUGCGUUGGGGGUGCGCUAGUCAUGAAAACGGUAUACAUCAUGUCGAAGUUCAGUCGACGUGAUUCGCGUCAAUAUGUGUUGCUAUCAUGCGUGUUGAGGCAGCGAUUGGAAUAA